GUGACGUAGCAGGAAGAGUUCCCCACGCGUGUUGGGCUCUGUGAGUUCCACGCUCUCACCUGUGUGUCUGUGGAUCAGGUGUGUUGAUGAUGUCAUCAGCAGAGGACCAGCUGUGCCUGAACAUCAGCAGCAGUUUCUCCUCCUCUUCAUCAUCGUCAGUGAGGAGGAAGCCUCUGACUGCUCAGCAGAGAUGGGCCAGAAAGAAGCAGAACGCAGAGAAGAGGAGGAUCAGCUCCUCAGAGGAGGAGCAGAAGAAGAGAAGCUCCUUUAAACAGAGGAGACUGAAUGACACAGCAGAGGAGGAGGAGGAGGAGGAGGUGGUGCAGACUGAAGCUCCGCCUCCUGCAGAUGCUCAGACGGACAGGAGGACACCACAGAAGAAGAAGGACGGAGUGAGAGAAACAGGAAGGAGCAGCAUUCACACUUCCUCUCUGUUCAAACACAACCCAGAGAUCCCAGAGAUCAGCAGACCAGUUGUUUCCCAGUUAAAGGAGAAGAUUUUCACCAGUGACUCAUUUUCGGACCUAAACCUGCACCCACACCUGGUGGCGACACUGAACAAAGUCCUGAACGUUUCCACGGUGACAAGUGUUCAGAAACAGACAAUUCCAGUUCUUCUGUCGGGACGAGACGCUGUGGUCCGAUCUCAGACGGGCUCAGGUAAGACGCUGUCCUACGCCAUCCCCGUGGUCCAGAGUCUGCAGGCGCUGCCGCAGAAGGUCAGCAGGUCGGACGGUCCUCUGGCUGUCGUCAUAGUCCCCACCAGAGAGCUGGCCCAGCAGACGUUUCAGAUCUUCCAGAAGCUCCUGAAGCCGUUUACCUGGAUCGUCCCAGGUGUGCUGAUGGGAGGAGAGAAGAGGAAGGCAGAGAAGGCCAGGCUCCGUAAAGGAAUCAACAUCCUGGUGUCGACUCCUGGACGCCUGGUGGAUCAUAUCAAACACACCCUGAGCAUCGCCUUCAGCGCUGUCCGCUGGCUCAUCCUGGACGAGGCCGACCGGACGUUGGAUCUGGGUUUUGAGAAGGACCUGACCGUCAUAUUAAACAGUCUGAACUCUACAGGACCGAGCAGACAGAAUGUCCUGCUGUCAGCCACACUGAGUCAUGGUGUGACUCGGUUAGCAGACGUUUGUCUUAACGACCCGGUCAGCAUCCACGUGUCUGGCCCCGCCCCCUCUGACCUCACUACCAGCUCGGCUGUGACCUCUGACCCCAGCACAGCCAGCCAAUCAGAGAGCUUCGCUGUCCCAGAGGCUCUGAAGCAGUUUGUGGUGGUGGUUCCCAGUAAGGUCAGACUGGUGUGUCUCGCUGCGUUCAUCCUGGACAAAUGCAAGUUUUCACAGAACAACAAACUCAUCGUCUUCCUCUCGAGCUGUGAGGCCGUCGAGUUCCUCCACUCUCUCUUCACUUCCGUCCUCUCCGGGCCCUCCACCAAUCAGAAGCUUCGGCUCAACUUUGUGCGUCUCCAUGGCAACAUGAAGCAGGAGGAGCGCUCGGAGGUGUUCCAGCAGUUCUCAGAGUGUCGCUGUGGCGUCCUGCUGUGCACGGACGUCGCAGCCAGAGGUCUGGACCUGCCUCAGGUCACCUGGAUUGUUCAGUACACUCCUCCGACAGCAGCAGCAGAGUACGUUCACCGUGUCGGGCGGACAGCUCGUAUCGGAGCGAGAGGAAGCAGCCUCCUCUUCCUCACCCCCGCUGAGACCGCCUUCAUCAACGAGCUGGCCAAUCACAACAUCAGCCUAUCAGAGAUGAAGCUGCAGGACAUCCUGUCCAGUCUGAUGUUGGAUGACACCUACAAGGGGCGGGGCAAAUAUUACAGUGAGGCUUCCAGCAGAGCCUUGGAGCAGGAGACCAGAGAGCGUGCGACGGUCCUUCAGACGGAGUUUGAGAACUUCGUCCACUCAGACGCUCAGUCAGUGCAGAACGCCAAGAAAGCGCUGCAGUCCUUCCUGCGGGCGUACACCACCUACCCCGCCCACCUCAAACACAUCUUCCACAUCCGCUCCCUCCACCUGGGACACGCCGCCAAGAGCUUCGGCCUCAGAGACGCUCCGCAGGGCCUGAGCGCCACCAGGGGCCCCUCACGCCUGUCACGCCUCGGGGCCAAGAACCACCACAAGAACCAGAACCACAACAAGAACCAGAGCCAGGCCGGCAGUCCGGUCAAGAACCAGGACAAGAACCAGGACAAGGAGGUCAGCAGCAGGAAAGGAAAGAGGUUCUCUCGGAGGGAGCUCAGCCUGGUUCGCUCAGAGUUCUCCAGCGGGUUGGACGGACAAGGCGCCAAGAAGAAGAAGAAGAAGAAGAAGAAGGAGACAUUUGGUCAGUCAGCAGAAGAGGAGUGAUGAGAAGGAGUGAUGAGGAGGAGUGAUGAGGAGGAGUGAUGAGGAGGUGCAGCAGCUGGAGUUCCCAUGAGCAGAGGUGACGACCUGCAGACAGCUGACUGAGACAUGACAGACUCUUUACAGGACAAACUGAAGACGUGUUUUUACUGCUGAUUUCUUCAGAGUGAUGUCAUCGAGAUGUUUCAUGUAAAUAACAUGUUUCUGCUGUUGGAGGAUUUUUUCUUUGUUAGAAAAUAAAAUGUUAUCUGACCUCA